GUUCAAACCGCCGCAUCAUUCCCAUCGAAGAUUUCAAUUCCAAUCAGCAGGCUUUUUAUUUUCAAAAAGUUAUUCAUGAUUCAAGAAUUAAAAUUUCAAUUGAGGGACUUCUCUUGUUUCAUGGGCAAAAUGGUCUUUACACCACAUGCUGGCCCGGUAUAAAGUGGCGAUUUGAUGGUCAUAUUGGUCACUAGCAGAUGGAAGGGGGUGAAUUUGAUAGGGUCAAGAGAGAAGAGUGCAAGCGAACCAAACAUGACUCCCUCUUCUCUAAAUGGAAGGUUCUUGUUGGACCUUCUGAUUGGGAAGAUUAUUCACUUGGGAAGGAAGGUGCAGCAAGAUAUAGGGUUCAGAACCUCCCUACUAGUGCAGGUCCAGGGCUUUAUGAGCUUGCUGUAGCAGUGCCUCGCAAGGGCUUAGGACGCGAACUUGACAAGCUCGACUCAGAUGGUGUGGCUGUAGUUUACCUUGGACAAGCUGACAGCGUCCGUACACGGCUCCAGUGUUAUGGCCGCAAUGGUGCUCAUUUGAAUAAACCAAAUGACUCUGGCCUCAAAAAUGGGCCUGGAUAUUUCGAGGAUAUAUUCAGUAGAGGCUUCUCCAUUGUGUACAGAUGGGUUCCUAUGGAAAACAAGGCAAUUGCUCUGAAAACUGAAAAUCAGCUGCUCGAUAAACUUGAUUAUGCUUGGAACAAAGGCAGUAAUGGCAAGCGUCGCCAUGAUGAUGUCCUUAGGAAACUCAAUAAAAUUGCUUCAAGCAAUAUUCAGCUUCCUAAACCUGUCAGGAAGCUUCUAUAUUUCAGUCAAAAACCUGUGGGCAUCAAAAUUGAAGGGAUCAAACUGCUUCCACCAGGGAAUAAAUUCAGUGGUUAUCCUGAUGAGGACAGCUACAACUUAUUUCCUCAAGUUUUCAAGUUUAGCAAAUCAAAGCUUCGGUUAGUUUCUGAUAGACAUGGUGCUGGUGAGGUCAAUACUGGUGCUUGUGGGGUUUCCUUGGGUGAUGGUUCCAUCUGUAGAAGCCGGCCAGUUGAAGGGAAUAAAAGGUGUGAUGAGCACAAAUGGAGGAAGGCCUAUGGUUCCAGUUCCAAGUCAGCGGGAACAUCUCAAGAUUUACCUUCUGCGGUUAUUGAUUCUAGUGCUAGCAAUGCUUUACAUUGUGAUGAAACUAAACCUGGAAGAGUGCAACCCAAAGCUUCCUUGGAGAGGCCAGUGGUCAACCGCCAGUAUGACACUUUAUGUGGUGUAGAAUUAGGUAAUGGGUGUGUCUGUACCAGAGAGCCUGUUACUGGAAGGGUGAGGUGUGAAGAGCAUAAAGGUUUGAAGGUCAGUGGGCUCAUCUCUAACUCAGCUGCAAAAGAUAGAUUGAAUGGAGAUGAUAAGUGUUCAAAUUUCAGUACAAGUAAUGAUAUGAAAUAUCGUAACUCUGUUUGUGGAGCACUCACACUCAGUGGUUCAUACUGCAAAAUGCCAGUGAAGGGUAAUGCAAGGUGUUGGCAGCAUUCAGUAGACACGCAUUCAACAGCCAGUGCGUAUGAUGAUGGGAAAUCUGGAGGAGCCUCUUUUUGUGGAGCACUCACACUUUGCGGUUCAUAUUGCCAAAGGCCAGUGAAGGGUAACGUAAGAUGUUGGCAGCAUUCAGUAGACACGCAUUCGACAGCCGGUGCAUAUGAUGACUUGAAAUCUGGAGGAACCUCUGUUUGUGGAGCAGUCACACAUGGUGGUUCAUAUUGCAAGAGGCCAGUGAAGGGUACUGCGAGGUGUUGGCAGCAUUCAGUAGACACGCAUUCGACCGAUGGUACAUAUUAUGACUGGAAAUUGGGAGGAACGUAUUGGCAGCAUUCAGUAGACAUGCGUUCAACAGUCAGUAGAUAUGAUGACUGGAAUUCGGGAGGAAGCUCUAUUUGCGGAGCACCCACACGCAAUGGUUCUUAUUGCAGAAGGACAGUUAAGGGGGGUGGAACUUGUUGGCAGCAUUAAACCAAACCAGAGGUAUUAAAUGUCUCAGAAGUUACACUUCAGGAGUAUAAAUAAAGAAAGCUCCUGCUGGUGUAGUCUCUUUAUGUAUUUCAUAUUUCUUAGGGAACUCUGAUCACAGGCCCUUAGCUUUAUACUAGUUUGUAUCUCUGUAGAAUAAUUAUCGGUUGCAUAUAUACACUAAGGGUGCGUUAGAUUUGAAUAA